AUGCUGCAGAUCGACAGGACGGCCCCGCUGGAGCAGGUGAAGCGCGCCUAUCGGUCCCUUGCAAUCAAAAUGCACCCGGACAAGGGCGGAAGCCAUAAAGCCUUCUGCGCCCUGCAGCUAGCUUUCGACGUCCUUCAAGACGAGGUGGAGCGCCAACUGUACGACCGCGAGCUGCGAGAGUCGCGCAGUCGCGACGGCCAAGUAGGCCAGGCUGUGGAGAGAGGUCCAGUGGUUCAGCCAGCUGCGGUCAACCCUGUCAUGCUGCGAGAUGCGCUGACGGGUACUCCUCCGAAGCAUUGGCCACAGAUGCUGAAGGAGCUGUUGACAGAUAACCUGAAGAGGUUGCAGGGAUUUCUCAACAUGUCGCAGCAGCAGCAGAAUGAGGUUGCCAAGGAGCACCAGGAGAGUCACCAGCAGCACAGCAAGGCUGGAGUGCCAGGCAUCUGUCGCUCGGGCAAUUUCUACUAUGCGAAAGCAUCCCGUGCGAACAUCAGCAUCAACUCCAAGCCUGCUACGUUGGUUGAGGCCAUCGAUGCCAACAUUGCACUGAAACAGAUCUGGAACAUCGUGAAGAAGUAUCCGGACGAUCUCGAAGGCAGAAUCCUACCAGCUGCUGCGUUAACGAGCCCCAGGCCCUCUGCACAAACCCAGAAACUAAGUACUUGUAGCUUUAAGAGCUUCAGCGCCAAGCUGCAGCUCUUUUCGGAUGCGUGCUAA